UUGGUUUAGAUUUUAGACAUUAUGCUAAAUAGUUUAAAGAAACUUGGUUUGUAUUGAAGUCAUGUGGUUUAAAUUUUAAGACUAGGAAUUUAAAUUUUAAGAAUUAGUGACUAAUGGUUUAAAUUUUAAAAGUAUUUUAAAUCGUCUAAUAAAAAAAUGAUAGUUGAAUAAAAUUCAGGCAGGAGCAUCUAAUAUGUCCAUGAUCAUUGACAUGAACUUUAACAAAUUCACACGCUUUCACACCUUUAUUAUCACUAAUAUUUUAUAAAUAUUAAAGUAAUAGAUUAUUAUUACUAAAUUUAUUCUUAAUCCCAAAAUAUUUAUAUAUUUGUGCAAAAAAUAAUGAAAAAUAAAAUUAUGGAUUAGUACUUUAGAAAAGAUUCUUUUGUCUCUGUGAUCAUAUAGGAAAUAAUAUAUCAAAUAAAUGAAAAAGGGUAUUAUGGGGAGAUAGAUUAAAAAUUUGGGUAUAAAUGAAAAAGUUUUAAAAAUUGGGUAAAAAUUAAACAUGCUAGAUAAAAAUGGGUACUCAAUUUAAUUUUUACUACAAAAUGUGACUCAGUAAAAAUGAUUGAAAACAUGUAAUAAAUUAAACUAAUUAUAUAUGGCAUGUUAAAUGCAUACAUGAAUAAUUUCUUUAAGCAUCAUGUUAAAUGCAUCAUGAAUAAUUGAUGACACUUGAACGUUAAUUGAGUCUCCAGCAGUCAAUAUAGAAAUUUUUGUUUAGUAAUGUAAUUAUAUUUCUUAUAGUCUCAUUAUUCUUAAAGUGAGGUGAGUAGUAAUGCAUGUGUGUAAUUCUAUUUGUUUUAUUUUCAGAUUGCAUUUCCCAAUUUAAAAGAGUUGAUUGUUUGGAAUUGUAAUAAUAUCAAGUAUCUCUUAUCAUCUGUCAUGGCUCGAAGUCUUGUACAACUAGAGACAUUAUGGAUAUGGGGAUGUGAGAACAUAGUAGAGGUAAUAGUCAGUGAUGAGGAAUCAAAUGGUGGUAGAAGAAAUGCAAUAAUAGUAACUGAUAUGCCGAAUCAUGUGUUUGGGAACCGAGAUUAUUAUAAUCAUGAUGAGAAAAGCCAAAUAGAAGCAGAGACUGAAUACCAUCACUUAGUUUUUCAGAGACUGGAGACAUUAGAUCUUAAGGAAUUACCAAGUCUCAAAAGCUUCUACUCAGGAAAUAGAGUUAUGAGUUUCCCAAAUUUGACAUGUUUAUCUUUGGCUAAUUGCCCAAAGAUAAGGAGAUUUUCACAUGGAGUCAUAAUUACCUCUACAUCAUUGACAAUCACGGUUGACAAUAAAUUAAAAAUCUUGGAGAAAGAUCUUAAUACAACCAUAAGAAAACAACUUUUGGAAGAUGAUUCUGAUUUGGGAUUACGACAUUUAUUCGUUCAAGAAAUGGAUCAUGAUGAUGAUAAUGAAGAAACAUUAUCCUAAUUAAGUUUCUUCUAUCUUUUCAACCAGAUCUCAAAGACACUUGAAGAACUUGAGAAAGCAGCAGCUAAAGCUUGUUAAUGCAAUCAGAGAAGCUAGAAUAAUGCUAAAAUACUUUUAAUAAAUUCUUUCUCAUGGAAAAUGAAAACAUUUCCAUAGAAUAGAAUAGAAUAAAAAUACUUGUUUCAAUUAAAUGUUUGGUACUGUAAAAUUGAAACUCUUUUGGGUGGUGGCACUUUGUUUAAUUAAGCAUUAAGCUUCAAAAGUUUAUGGGUUUACCAUCAAAUCAUAAUUCACACAACUUUUACAUAUAAUAAUAAUAGAAUGUGAUUUCCAAAUGAAUAA